UAAGCACAUUUCAAAAGCCCAUAAGACAAGUUGAAACUUUCCCUUCGGAGAAUGAAUGACCCUGCUUGGCAGGUAUACCUUUCCAGGUAACAAAAGGUGAAAGGAGGUUUCAACAGGGAUGGAUUUACAGGAAAUCGCUGCUUCAAAGAGGACAGAAAGUGAAAGUUAGAGUAAAGAGAAGUAUAAAUAAGAGAGUGUGCACAGAGCGAGGCUCAGAUCUCUGAGCACAGGUGAGAAGAAAGAGACGAAAAAAUGAUGUUCUCCAACUUUGUAACACUGUGGGCAAGUGUCCUGCUUAUUCUGAGCGCAAGUCUAUGGUGCUGUACAACAGCUCAAAGUGAUAUGGCAGUGGAUUGCUGUUUAUCGACCAGCACCCGGCGAAUCCCACAAAAGGUGGUGACAUCAUUCACCAUUCAGACCGGAGAUGGAGCCUGCAGAAUUCCUGCCACUGUGUUUGUCACAAAGAAGGGCUUAAAACUCUGCGCACCGUUUCCAAGUGAGAGUUCCUGGGUCAGCGAACUGAUUGAAACCAUAAUUAAAGGACCAGUGGAAAAGUCUAGAAAACUGAACGGAAAGAAACAUAGAAAACAGUAAACGAAGAAGAGGGUUAACCUGAUGUCAGACUACUAACUGAUCCUGAAGUAGAUGCUAUAGUAAAUGUAGUAUUUUUUUACCACACGUGCACUUUGGUGUAGCGGGUCAAAGUGUACAUUUCAUGUCAUAUAAGCUUUUUUAGAGAUUGCGGAGAUAUGAACCUUCUCCUUCUGGUCUAUAUGAAGAGAAAUUGAUAAUUUGUUUUUGUAUAAAUAUUUUUCUGUAUAUAGCUAGUGUGUUGUUUUUCCCGAGCCAGUAAAUGAUGAGAUGUUAUUUUUCUACAUUUUUGCCAUUUUUGAAAACAAAUAAAAUAAUGUGAAUGUUAAA